AUGGCUGUAGCUCCUCCAAGUUACUGCUUUGUGGCCUUCCCGCCACGUGCAAAGGACGGUCUGGUGGUAUUUGGGAAAAAUUCAGCUCGGCCCAGGGAUGAAGUCCAAGAGGUUGUGUAUUUCUCAGCUGCUGAUCAUGAACCUGAGAGCAAGGUUGAGUGCACUUACAUUUCAAUCAACCAAGUUCCCAGGACCCAUGCAAUUGUGAUAAGCAGACCUGCGUGGCUUUGGGGGGCAGAAAUGGGAGCCAAUGAACAUGGAGUGUGCAUAGCCAAUGAAGCCGUCAAUGCCAGAGAACCAGCUGCUGAGACAGAAGCCUUACUGGGGAUGGAUCUGGUCAGGCUUGGUUUAGAGAGAGGGACAACAGCUAAAGAAGCCUUAGACGUCAUCAUCGCCUUGUUGGAAGAACAUGGACAGGGUGGGAAUUAUUAUGAAGAUGCAAACUCCUGCCACAGCUUCCAAAGUGCAUAUCUGAUCGUGGACCGUGAGGAGGCCUGGGUGCUGGAGACUGUAGGGAAGUACUGGGCUGCAGAGAAAAUCACAGAGGGAGUCAAGUGUAUUUGCAAUCAGCUUUCGCUCACGACUAAAAUCGACGCAGAGCAUCCGGAACUCAGGAGUUAUGCUCAGAGUCAAGGUUGGUGGACGGGAGAAGAUGAGUUUAAUUUCUCUGAAGUUUUUUCUCCAGCUGAUGACCAUCUAACCUGCUGUUCAGGCAGAGACACCUUAGAAAAGCAAGAAGAAAGCAUCACUGUGCAGACCAUGAUUGAUGUCCUACGGGACAAAGCCAGUGGAGUCUGCGUGGAUUCUGAGUCUUUCCUCACCACAGCCAGCAUCGUGUCGGUCCUGCCUCAGAGCAGAAGCUCGCCAUGCGUCCACUACUUCACCGGGACCCCAGAUCCUUCCAGGUCCAUAUUCAAGCCUUUCAUCUUUGUCGAUGACGUAAAACUCGUCCCCAAAGCACAGUCUCCCUGUUUUGGGGACGACGACCCUGCCAAAAAGGAGCCUCGGUUCCAGGAGAAGCCAGACCGCCGGCACGAGCUGUACAAGGCGCACGAGUGGGCUCGUGCCGUCCUGGAGAGUGACGAGGAGCAAGGUCAGAAGCUGAGGAAGACGAUGCUGGAACUAGAGAAGCAAGGCCUGGAAGCCAUGGAGGAAAUCCUGACCAGCAGUGACCCCCUGGACCCCACCGAAGUGGGGGAUCUCUUCUAUGACUGUGUGGACACGGAGAUUAAGUUCUUUAAGUGAAGUAAGCGUUCCCUUUCCCCUUCUUAUUUAAAAUUUCCCACCUUACUAAAUUACCAGCAAACAAACCACUCUCCUGUCCAAGUAAAAUGAGAAAGUUGAGAUGCGUCAAAGUCACAGUCCCCUUGUGUUCUGCCUUGAACCUUACAACGCCGCCCCCUUCUUCUGCAGCGUAGAUCCCCUCCUUCUGCAGUGUAACGUGU